GCACUGCUUGCUUGGAAACAUUGGUAGCACUGUAUACCGCUGUUGAACCUAGCCUGCAUUAGCUCGACCCAAGAAGCUCCCUUUCUCCUUGCAAGCACGGAGUGUUGUUUGUUGAAAGUAAUCAUGUCGCUGGACGGCAAGAACAUCUUCGUGACCGGAGGCCUCGGAUUUAUUGGCAGCCACACGGUGCUGGUUCUGCUUGAGCAUGGCGCAAAGGUUCACCUUAUCGACAACCUGUCGAACAGCUUCCCCCGUGUGUUUGACCACAUGAAGAAGCUGGCUGGGGAUAAGGCUGAUAAGAUGAAGUAUACAAAGUGCGACAUCAACGACAAGGAGGGCCUCACAAAGAUCUUUGAGGCGGAGACGUUCGACUGCGUGAUCCACUUCGCGGGCUUCAAGGCGGUCGGCGAAUCGGUUGAGAAGCCGUUGGAGUACUACCGCAACAACUUCGUGGGCACGGUGGUGCUGCUGGAGGUGAUGCGGCAGUUCAAGUGCAAGAACAUGGUGUUCAGCAGCAGCUGCACGGUGUACGGGCUGCCCGAGGAGGUGCCCAUCACGGAGGCGGCGCCGCUCAAGGCAAUCUCGCCGUACGGCAGGACCAAGCUGUUCCAGGAGGACAUGUUCCGGGACAUUGCUGUGGGCGACAAGGAGUGGCGUGUGCUACUGCUCAGGUACUUCAACCCCAUCGGCGCCCACCCCUCGGGCGAGCUCGGGGAGCACCCCGUGGGCAUCCCCAACAACCUCAUGCCGUACAUCCAGCAGGUUGCCCUGGGCCAGCGCGAGUUCCUGCGUGUGUUCGGCUCCGACUACCCCACCCCCGACGGCACCGCCAUCCGCGACUACAUCCACGUGAUGGACCUGGCGGAGGGGCACGUGGCGGCGGUGGCCAAGGUGCUGGCGUCGCCCGAGCUGGGCUGCACGCCGAUCAACCUGGGCACCGGCAAGGGCUCCUCUGUGCUUGAGAUGAUUCGUGCGUUCGAGGCUGCCAGCGGCAAGAAGGUGGAGCACAAGCUCAUGGACCGGCGGCCGGGCGACAGCGUGGCGGUGUGGGCGGCCACCGAGACGGCGGAGCGGGAGCUGGGCUGGAAGGCAAAGUACGGAGUGGACGACAUGUGCGUGCACCAGUGGGCCUGGGCCUCCAAGUACCCGCAGGGCUAUGAGACGCCCAUCGCCGAGUAAGGCAGAUGCAGCAGGAGGAGGAGCAACCUGAGGAAGGUGGUCCACAUGGGAGGUGGUAGGGAGCUGCGUGUACGGUGUGGCUGUCGAGUACGGUAGCUGGCUGUCCUGUGGAGGAUGAAAGUAUGUGGCUUUGAAGGUGAUUAGGCGACGAGGUAGGGGAGCAUCUGCGUUGGCGCGCUGUCAUGGCGUCCUGUCGUGGGCGGUGGCAGGACAUGUGUGCCGCGUAUUGGUGGUGAGACGGAGGGCUGUACAUAAGGAAAGGCGUGUACGGCACUAUUGAGUGAACAGCGGCGCGCUCGCGUGGAUACCUAACCAAUGGGCGACAGGCCGCGGUGCAAUGUGUGUAUGUUAAGUAUGUAGUUGUAUGUAACGGAUGGGCGCUUGGUCGCCUUGGACUUGGACGUGCCUCGAUUGUAAGUACUCUGUACAUGGG